CGGCCGCGCCUUUUCUUUUCUCGCUCUCUUCCUUUCUUCUUUUCUUUCUUUUUUCCCUUCCUUCCACAUCAGGCUUUAUUUAUGUCACGCACAGUGGAAGGAGGACCUGUGGGUGACGCGACAGCAGUUUUUUUGGGGUGGCUCUUCCUAAUGAGCAAACCUUUUUUUUAAUUCGACCUUGUAUUGCGGACCACAGCGGCCACAGGACGAGGAUGAUAAUAUGUCUGAGGCUAUGAGACCAGAUCGUGUCCAGCUCCGCUACAAGCUUCGCAAGGGCCUUUUGGACAGUGUCUCAAACACAGAGAAUGAGGAUGAGGUGAUCGCGGAGCCAAUGGCAAACCCAUUUUUAGAGCGGUUGGAAGAUGUGCAUAAGGAUACUCAGAAGGACUCGCAUAAGGACGUCCAUAAGGAUCCUGAAAACCAGGAGCACGAAGAAAUCGAUGGACUGACAGAGGCGGAACUCGUGCUAUUGGGACGCAUUCGGAGGUUGACUGAAACGCCCCUUGAGGUAUGCAUCCUUUUUACGACUGAGAACCGGAUUAGAGUAUAUGGGACAUUUAGAGCUAAUAUAAGAGAGCUUCGUCUGAUUUCCUCAUUUGAUCUUUCCAGAAGGCCAGGAAGAACGCACAAAAGGUCGACCAAGGCUUGAUUGAAAAAUGCGUCCCACGCGAACUCUCCUCGCCGUAUUCGGUGAUUAACAGCGUGCAUCAAGAACCAGCACCUGCUCCUAAACAGGCAUC